AUGACAUCCCUAGGCGAUGUCGAUUGCUUGCAGCCGGCGGCUGGGCCGGGCUCGGACGAACGUAUAGGAGACGGCCUCGAUGGUGGCGAGGCGGGCGCCAAGCUCCUCGCCAAGUUCGGGCUCAUUGACCAAGCCAUCGAGUACGCGACCGAGUCCGGCAACUUCGACCACGCCUUCGCGCUGGCGCAGGCCUCGAAGCAAGAUAAGGUGCCGGAGGUGCACCUUAAGUACGCCAUGUUCCUCGAGGACGAGGGCCAGUUCGAGUCGGCUGAGAAGGAGUUCCUCAAAGCGGAGAAGCCCAAGGAGGCCAUCGACAUGUACACGCACCAGCAGGACUGGGCCGCCGCCCUCCGCGUGGCGGAGACGUCCGAGCCGUCGUCGGUGCCGGACGUGCUGUGCGCGCAGGCCAAGGCGCUCGUGGAGAAGGGCGACUUCACCAAGGCGGAGGCGCUCUUCGUCCGCGCCAAGAAGCCCGAGCUCGCUGUCGAGGCGUACAAGCACGCGGCGCGCUGGGGGGACGCCCAGCGGCUCGCAAAGGAGUUCCUUCCCCACAAAGUGGCCGACUUGACCGCCGAGCACGCGGCCUACAUGCGGGGCGACGGCGUGCACGCGUCCGAGGAGGCGCUCCUCGGCCCGGCCCGUUCUCUCGAGGAGGGGCGCGACUUUGCGCGAGCGAUCGACGCCUACCUCAAGGUGACGAGCGAGCGGGCGCGCUCCCACGAUAUCUGCGAGGAGGCGUGGGAGAAGGCGGUGCAGCUAGCGAUGAACCACGUGCCGGCGCGCAUCGCCGAGGUCGUCAACACGGUCUCGAAGCGCCUGAUGGGCAUCGGCCGGCACCCGCAGGCGGCGGAGCUGUACGAAGGUAUCGACCAGCACCGCGAGGCGGUCGACAUUUACAUGGCGGGCAACCUCUGGGACCAGGCCCGCUCGCUGGCGCGCUCUGCGACGCCGCAGUAUGCAAAGGAGGUCGAGGUGCGGUACAGGGAGCACCUCAAAGGGGCGGGCGCAGCGGUCGACCUGGUGCAGGGCGGCAACGUCUCCGAGGGCCUCGAGGCGUACGCGCAGCGCGGCGAGUGGGAGCGCGCGCUCGAGCUCGCGAAGCAGCAGGGCCCACCGAUGCUGGUCAAGUACGCGACGCUGCACGGCGCCGCGCUCAUUGGGCAGCACGAGUUCGUCCGCGCGGCUACGCUGAUUGGCAAGUACGGCGCUUCCGCACAGCCUGCCCCCCUCGCGAUGUAUGAGCGCGUGGCGCGGGAGCUGCUAGCGUCGGGGGAGCCGGACGGCGGCGGCAUGGGCAAGCAGCCGCUCGUGGGCACACGCUCGAUGCUGCAUAAAGCGGUGGGGGCCCUGCGCGACGCGGGCGACGAGCCGGCACUGCAGCGGUUCGAGACGCUGCUCUGGGCUAGCCACAUGGCCGCGGCGAAGGUCUUGGCUGCCGAGCGCGGCGCGAUGGACGUGCAGCGCAAGCUGGCGAUCGGGCUGCUUCGGCACGUUGCCGCUGUUCCCGCCGACAUGGCCUUCUACGAGGCGGGUAUGGCCUGCAAGGCCGCAGCUGAUCUCAACUCCGCAUUCGUUUUCCUCAACCGCUACCUCGACAUCACCGAGGCGGUCGAGGAGAACGAGGCAACCUCCGCAGCGCUCGACAACUCCGACUUUGCAAACACGCCCAUUCCGCACGAGUUCCCGCUGCCGGACAAGCAGUUCAUCGACGGGUCGCAGAUCGAGCACGUGCGGGACUACGUACUCGAGCUCUCGAUGAACAAGGCGGUGCAGCAGGCGCUCGACACGGCCGACCUUGGCCAUGCUAAGGCGAUAGAGGGCGCUAUAAAAGAUGACGAGCGCGUGCGUUUCGCUGCUCUCUAUGCUCUUGCGCUCGACUUUUACACGGCCGAACACGACCCCGUGCCACUCAUGCAGUGA